AUGCUGCUGCUUCUGGCUGCCAUGGUGACCAUGGCCCAGUCCGUUGGCGAGGAGAACGAACUGGAUUAUGGGUACUGGAACUACCGGGAGGGAGCUGAGAGUGUGAACGUGACCACUGUCCGCAGUGUGACCAGAGUCCUGGACCUCUGGGGAAAACGCAUCUUCAACGAGAUCAAGACCCUACUCCACUCGCAGCCCAGCACCUUGCUCCCUGACUACUCCAGGGUGCGCCCUCUGUCCGAGUCACUCAACGAUCUCUUCAGGGAAGUCACUCUGCUGCACAGGCGUAUCACGGAACUCACCCAUCGCCUAGCAACCUUGGAACCAUUCCUCCGUCGCCACGGCUACCGGGACGAGGGGGAGGAGGGGAGGGGGUGGCGGUAG